ACAAAUACUUCGGGAAAUUCAAUCACUCAUGGCGAACGAAGACGACGAUGGAGAGAAAUCACGAGGCACGCCACAACAGAUUGGUAACAAACCCAAAACCCAGAUCGUAAUUGGUGUUCCUUCGUACCAGGAAGUGGUGGAAAGCUCACAGACUAAGUCCACGCCACCAUCUCUCUUCAAGCCUUCCCAGACAUUCUCUCAGGCAUUCGCUUUCGUCAAAUCCUCCGACGUCUACUCUGCUCCUCCUCCUCUGACUUCUUCUUCCGGCGCUUCUCAUGUGCCCAGUACAAGCCAAACUCCUCAAACCGAUGUAGCUUCAUCUUCAACUCCUGUAGCUACUGGCUCUCUAUCUUCGAACACUACUCAACCACGUAACGCAAUUCUCGUUAGCAAUAGACAGAAAGGAAACCCGCUUCUUAAACAUAUCAGGAACGUGAAAUGGGUUUUCUCAGAAAUUAUUCCUGACUACUUACUUGGUCAAUCCACUUGCGCUCUGUAUCUAAGCUUGCGGUAUCAUCUACUCCACCCGGAUUAUCUCUACUUCCGCAUCAGGGAGCUACAGAAGAACUUCAAACUCCGUGUUGUUCUUUGCCAUGUCGACGUUGAAGAUUCUGUGAAACCGCUGCUUGAAGUCACCAAAACCGCUCUUCUCCAUGACUGCACCCUAUUGUGCGCCUGGAGCUUGACGGAAUGUGCUCGUUACUUGGAGACGAUUAAAGUCUAUGAGAACAAACCUGCGGAUCUUAUCCAAGGACAAAUGGAUACAGACUAUCUGUCACGUCUAAACCAUUCGCUUACAAGCAUCAGACAUGUGAACAAGAGCGAUGUAGUCACGCUUGGUUCUACUUUUGGGUCACUUGCUCAUAUAAUGGAUGCAUCCAUGGAAGAUCUAGCUCGUUGUCCUGGUAUAGGCGAACGCAAGGUGAAGCGGUUGUACGAUACGUUCCACGAACCUUUCAAGCGUGCAGCUUCGAGCUACCCGUCUGUUAUAGAACCGACAGCUCCGGAGACUGAAGUUCAGAAGGAUGUGAACUCAGAGGAACCUGCUGAGGCAGAUGAGGAUUUUGUGGAGGGCUCGAGGAAACGCAAGAAGAUGGAGCCUGAGAAAAGUGUGAAGACUGCGCUCUCGACUGUUUUCGCUAGAUACUCUGAUAAGCUCUGCAAGAAAAAGGAGAAAGAUACAAGAACAGACUCAGAUGCUGAAACCCACCAAGAUUAACACAAGUUUGAUCACUGGCCAAGGCCAUUGUUAACUGUGAGCGUAUUUCUAGAAAUGUAAUAUAAUGUUAGCUUUGUGUUUGUUUGUUGGGUGUGACUGCUGAUCUAUGUAGUGUUGAGUAUGUUAGUUACUGAAGCCUAUGUGAGUAAUUUCUUACUA